CUCGAAAUUGAAACCGAGGGGCAGACGGAAGAAGAGAAAAGGACGAAAACGAGAAAAAAAGCUCUACACGAGACGGGAAGUCUCCAGAGGCGACGACGUGUUUCUCCAACCUACGAAAACGAAAAUUUGAUCUCCGAAUUGGAAAUCGAGGCGACCUCGUGGUGUUCAUUGUCGACCAGCUUCCCCGUCGCGGCCAGAGCGGAUUCCAGGAGAAGAAUCGAAGGCUUCAGCUUGCAAGAGAUGAACAAUUUAAAGUUGGGUGUGGAAGUUGUAAGUGCCCAUGACCUUAUGCCUAAGGAUGGUCAAGGAUCCUCUAAUCCCUUUGUGGAGCUUCAUUUUGAUCGCCAGAAAUUCCGUACUAGCAUCAAAGAUAAAGACCUUAAUCCUGUCUGGAAUGAGCUCUUCUACUUCAACAUUGCAGAUCCUUCUUCUCUCCCUGACCUCACACUCGAAGCUUCUGUACACAGCAUGAACAAAGCCACAAAUUCGAGGUCCUUCCUUGGCAAAGUCCAGAUUGCUGGAACCUCUUUCGUUCCCUUUUCAGAAGCUGUAGUCAUGCACUAUCCUCUGGGAAAACACAGAAUGUUUUCGCGUGUAAAGGGAGAAUUAGCCCUUAAAGUAUUCCUUACAGAUGACCCUUCCAUCAAACCUUCCAACCCACUUCCCGCUAUCGAUCCUCGCCCAAACAAUCUUCCUCCAAGUCAAGUUCCUCAAGAACCUGAACAGAUUUCAGAAGGAAAUAAAAGUCUACUUAAGAAAGAGCCUAAACAUACAUUUCAUAGCAUUCCAAAUGAGGUCCAGCUGCAACAAUCCUCUGCUCCACUCAUUGAGCCAGUGAGGUAUGUGGCUGAUCCCAUGAAACAUGAGUCUCAGCCCUCCAAAGUUGUCAGGAUGUUUCCAUCACUGUCUUCUCGGCAACCAAUGGACGACUAUGCACUAAAAGAAACCAGUCCUCUUCUUGGUGGUGGUCAGAUUGUCCGAGGUCGAGUUAUUCCUGCUCAGAAGCCUGCUAGUACAUAUGAUCUCGUGGAACAAAUGCAGUAUCUUUUUGUACGUGUCGUUAAGGCACGAGAUUUACCGACGAUGGAUGUGACAGGAAGCCUUGAUCCUUAUGUUGAAGUAAGGGUAGGUAACUACAAGGGGAAAACCAAGCAUUUCGAGAAGAAUCAGAACCCAGAAUGGAAUGAAGUAUUUGCAAUUUCUAGAGACCGGGUACAGUCAUCAGUUAUUGAGGUCGUGGUGAAAGAUAAAGACCUGAUCAAGGAUGAUUUUGUUGGGAUUGUCUGCUUUGACUUGAAUGAUGUUCCAACACGCGUCCCGCCUGAUAGUCCACUAGCUCCUGAGUGGUACCGGCUUGAGGACAAGGAAGGGGACAAAAGGAAGGGUGAACUGAUGGUUGCAGUUUGGAUAGGCACCCAAGCUGAUGAAGCAUUUGCCGAUGCAUGGCACUUAGAUGCAGCUGCACCCAUUGACGCUGCGGCGGUUAGCUCUCACACAAAAUCAAAAGUCUACCACGCACCCAAGUUGUGGUAUCUUCGAGUCAACGUUAUUGAUGCACAAGACAUUUUUAUAGCUGACAAAACCCGCUUCCCGGAUGUUUAUGCCAACGUACAACUAGGCAAUCAGAUUCUGAAGACAAGACCAGUUCAGUCGCGCACGUUCAAUCCCCUUUGGAAUGAAGACCUCAUGUUUGUUGCCGCGGAGCCGUUUGAAGAUCAACUCAUUAUUUCAGUAGAAGAUCGCGUCGGACCAAACAAAGAUGAGGUGGUAGGCCGUCUUGCCCUUCCUCUGGGCUCGAUCGAAAAGCGACUUGAUGAUCAUAUAAUCAAUGCUCGGUGGUACAGUCUCCAGAAGCCCGUCGCGGUCGACGUUGACCAGCUGAAGGAGGACAAGUUUUCAAGCAAAAUCCAACUCCGCGUCUGCUUGGAAGGCGGGUAUCAUGUGCUCGACGAAAGUACCCACUACAGUAGCGACCUCAGACCAACAGCAAAGCAGCUAUGGAAACCAUCCAUCGGAUUGCUUGAGCUCGGCAUCCUUAAUGCAGAAGGCCUCCAUCCUAUGAAAACACGAGGAGAAAAUGGCACAUGUGAUACCUACUGCGUGGCCAAAUACGGGCGCAAAUGGGUCCGUACACGUACAGUCGUCGACAGUCUUUCCCCCAAAUACAACGAACAAUACACGUGGGAGGUUUAUGAUCCAGCUACAGUGUUAACAGUCGGUGUCUUUGACAAUUGGCAGCUCGAGAAGGGUGACAAUGGAAACAAGGAUGCAAAGAUCGGCAAGGUUCGCAUACGUCUUUCAACCCUCGAAACGGGUCGGGUGUAUACGCAUUCGUACCCGCUAUUAGUUCUACACCCCUCAGGCGUCAAGAAGAUGGGUGAACUCCAUCUGGCUAUCCGCUUCUCAUCUACAUCUUUCGUCAAUAUGAUGCACAUAUACUCGCGGCCCCUAUUGCCUAAGAUGCAUUACAUACAGCCUUUAAACAUGAUCCAGCAAGAUAUGCUCCGGCACCAAGCAGUUCAGAUAGUUGCAGCACGUCUUAGCAGAAUGGAGCCAUCCCUUAGAAAGGAAGUCGUGGAGUACAUGUCCGAUGUUGACUCACACAUGUGGAGUAUGCGCCGAAGCAAAGCGAAUUUUUUCAGGCUCAUGUCGGUUUUCUCAGGCGUGAUUGCGGCGAGCAGAUGGUUUGCGAAUGUUUGCGUGUGGAAGAACCCGAUCACCACCGUACUAGUGCACAUUCUGUUUAUCAUGCUGGUGUGCUUCCCGGAGCUGUUUCUUCCUACUGUGUUUCUGUACAUGUUCCUGAUAGGACUUUGGAACUACCGAUUCCGCCCGCGUUAUCCUCCUCACAUGAACAUAAAGCUUUCGCACGCGGAGGCCGUGCAUCCUGAUGAGCUCGACGAAGAAUUUGAUACGUUCCCUACCAGCCGAAGUGAUGAGAUUGUGCGGAUGAGGUAUGAUCGGCUGAGGAGUGUGGCCGGAAGGAUACAGAGUGUGGUCGGAGAUUUGGCGACUCAAGGGGAGAGGCUGCAGGCGUUGCUUAGCUGGAGGGAUCCACGGGCCACUGCGAUCUUUUUAGUGUUCUGCAUGGUGUCUGCAAUUGUGCUUUACACCACUCCGUUGCAAGUCUUGAUUGCUCUGGUUGGCUUCUAUAUCAUGAGGCACCCAAGAUUCCGAAACCGUAUGCCUUCUGCGCCACUAAAUUUCUUCCGUCGCCUGCCGGCAAAGACAGACAGUUUGCUUUAAAUUAGAAGAUGCAUGUUUUUUUUUUUUUGUAGUAAAAUACAGACACACAGUUUGUAGGAGUUAUAUCUUUUAUAUGUUAGAUUUGAUUAUAUAAAUGUCUACUAUGAUGUAGCAGUUAAUAAAUAUUCUGAGGCGUUUGCUCCUCAUGUAGCUUUGAAACAUAUGGUUCAAAUCUUGAGUAUAUCACCUCUUUUUCUAAAA